AAAAUCCAGCCUCAGCUCCCUGAUGACGAUGGUGAUCACAGUGACAAAGAAGAUGAGCAGCCUCAAGUAGUGGUUUUAAAACAGGGAGACCUAACAGCUGAAGAAGUCAUGAAAAUCAAAGCAGAAAUAAAGGCUGCCAAAGCAGAUGAAGAACCGCCUCCAGCUGAUGGGAGAAUCAUGUAUAGAAAGCCAGUUAAGCGUCCCUCAGAUGAAAAGUGUUUAGGUUUAACAGCAAGCUCCAAAAAAAAGAAAACAAAUGAAGAUGAUGAAAAUAAGCAGAAUUCAGUUAGAAAGAACUCACAAAAACAAAUAAGAAAUAGUAGUCUCCUGUCUUUUGACAAUGAAGAUGAGAAUGAGUAAGUAUAAAUAUUAUGGGCUUGGCUUCCUUUGAUAGCAAUGAGGUAUUUUUAAACAUUAAUUCUCCUAUACCCUGAAGUGACAUUUCCCCUUAGUGCUAUAGGUUCCUUACAGAAAGCUUCAAAAAUACAGGAAACAAGUUCAUGGAAUAAAACCCAUCCAAUAAUGCCCCUUUGACCAGAAAUCCUCAACAUUCACUCCUGUUAACAUCGUAUUACCUCCACCUGUGGGUCUGUACAUAUGUAAAUUAUGUUUCUAAACAAAACUGGGAGUGUUGUCUAUGUUCCGUCCUGCUUCUUUCUUAGAAUUACAUUGUUAGAAUUUUCUGAAGUUGCAUAUUUCAAAAAUAUAACAUUAAUAGCUCACA